AAUUUCCGAAAAUCAAGUCAAUACAUACCGAGACGUGGGACGGAGAAGUUACGGGGCGGGUGGGUAUUCAAAUAAUCAAGGUAAAGUUGGGUAGAGCAUGCAGAAUGCUGCUUCUGCUUCUGUUCGCACUUCUGUAUAUGAUGGCUCGUGCAUAACUCGGAAGCUUGUGAAUACGGGGCAGGUGCUUGAUUUCAUUCACAGUGCCGGAGUAACCGACGGAAUUAUUAUACUGCCAAUAAACAGCACGUAUAUGCUCACGUAUCAUUCCACACAAGGUUCCACAAUCUGGCUGCCAUUAGUAAUUAUUACGACGGUCAUUAGCCAAAUUCAAAACACCAUCCCUCAUUUUAGCGCAUAUCGCAAUCUGGAGCGGCUACUACGGGACAUUGCGUUUAGCUAUAUAAAUCCUCAUUUCGGAUUUUGGGACAUUCUUCCCUAUUCCCUCCAAAUCAUGGACCGCAUUUUAGCACCGGAAAUAGUCGAGCAGAUAAUCGACCAACUACAAGAUGACAGAAAGUCUCUUCUCGCGACCAGUUUGAGCUUCAAAGGGAUGCUUCUACGGAGCAGGUUCCACUUAUUCGACUCGAUAGAGGUCACAGUCUUCGCUGAUCCUUCUGGUUGGAGUCAAGGCCGAGAGUCAUCGGACUCACGAAGCCUGUCUGCACUCCUGAGGAUCCUUGACUCCCCUUACAGCAGCAUGGGGUUAGCAGUCCAGCGCCUAAUCGUCAGUUUCGGAUUCCACUUUCCCCAAACUUUGCCCAAUGACCUUUCACGCAUCCGGAAAAACCUCCGCAAUGUCCGAACGCUGCAUUGGCGAGACGAUACGUGGUGUGACGUUCCGAAUGCAUUCAAAACCCUUCUCUUUGAUUUAAACAUCGAAACAUUCAUAAUAUCCGGCAUAUGGUUCCAGAAAGCCUCGGAGCUAGUCGAAAUGAUUACCAUGUGGCCCUCUACACUGCAGUCGGUCGUAAUGGGCUCCAUUGUUUGCUCCGGAGACGAUACGACAAAUAUCGAUGAUACAUACAAUGCUUUGGCUAGACGCAACAAAAUUCACUUCCAAACUCUACAUUCAGCCUCGACAUGGGCUGCGCAUAACCUCUUCGACUCAAUGAUGAAUUCGAGCAUGAUUACCAUAGAUCGGUUCAUCCUAGGAAUGCGCUUUCCCGACGAGGAAGAGGUUCAAUGGGUAAAUGGGAUGUUGUCCAGAUAUGGAUCGAGUUUCAACGAAAUACAGCACCUGAUACCGGUCCCCAUUGUCAUAGGUUUGUUUCAUACCUUUCUAUGGUCUACGUGAAGAGCCCAUGUUGUUUUUCCCGCUAGAGCUACGAAAUCGAGACCUUCCGGUGUUCGACCUCCGGGACUGCACCAAUCUACGCGUCCUAAACAUACAAAGUAUAUACCUCGGAUGCUCAAUGAGCAACAUCCAGGAGCUUCUCCCUCUAGC